CCACUGCGACAGUCAUCGCUAGUUCACAUGUGAUAAUAAUAGGAAAGGUUGUGUAGUGGUGGGGUGCGAAGGUAGCAAGGUUAUUGCAGUAUAGACCUUGUUUCCAAACGCCUAUGUUAGUGUAUACUGGCUGGUUGCAUUUAUUAGAACAGCAUAAGUAAAUAUGGAAAUUAAUUAGACGGACGAAACUAGCCCGGGGCUUCGGUCCAUUAGGAUAUGUUUAUAUAAUGUUGCUGAUGAUACCUCUCAUGUAAUAUUUAUAUCUUCAAUGUUCAGAUUCGUGUGGUCGUACUUUAAAGUUAUUGCUAGGAAUCGUUAGUGAUGGAUUGAUGUUUUUUUCUAUCAAGUUAUAUUUCAACAUAAAGUUUGUGGUUGGAAAUCUACUUGGUCGCAAUGGUUCGCCGAAGGUGCGAGAACUUGUUAUGGGGUGUUGGGUUUAUAGCUGGAGUUUGUAUCGGGGCAUUGAUUGUGACGCAAUUCACGGACAACAAUAACAAUAAUGACGUCACAAUCAGAAUAAGAAGGGAAGCGGCUUCUUCGUUCGUGAACGCGACAACAAAUACUUCGUCGAAAAGCCAAGGGAUUUACCCACACGAUUACAUUGACUUAGCAACGAGGAAAAAAGGGGCGGUCUUACUCCACGUAUUUGGUAUGCUGUACAUGUUUGUGGCGCUCGCUAUAGUUUGUGAUGAGUUUUUCGUUCCAGCUCUUGAGGUCAUCACGCGACGAUUGAAGAUAUCUGAUGACGUUGCCGGUGCCACGUUCAUGGCCGCUGGAGGGAGCGCCCCUGAGUUAUUUACGUCAAUAAUCGGGGUGUUUUUAGCUAAAAGUAACGUUGGAAUAGGUAAGUGGGAUUUCUUAUAUACCUCGUGUAUUUUAAGCUGUAUUAUGGCGUUUAUAGUUGUCUUUAGGGGCAAUGAGCCAACUCUAACCUAAUCCCCCGCCGGAAAAAAUGUGUAUGUUUGGGUUACAGACCAACUCUGCU